AUUAAAACCAUCCUGAGUGGCUUCAUCAUCCGAGGCUACCUGGGGAAGUGGACCCUGAUCAUAAAGACCAUCACCCUGGUGUUGGCCGUCUCCUCGGGGCUCAGCUUAGGGAAGGAGGGUCCUCUGGUCCACGUAGCGUGCUGCUGCGCUAACAUCCUGUGUCAUCUCUUCACCAAAUACAGAAAGAACGAGGCCAAGAGGCGAGAGGUGCUAUCAGCAGCAGCGGCGGUCGGUGUGUCCGUAGCGUUCGGCGCUCCCAUCGGAGGAGUCCUGUUCAGCCUGGAGGAAGUGAGCUACUACUUCCCCCUGAAGACUCUGUGGCGUUCGUUUUUCGCCGCGCUGGUCGCCGCCUUCACCCUCCGCUCCAUCAACCCGUUCGGGAACAGCCGCCUGGUGCUGUUCUACGUGGAGUUUCACGCUCCGUGGCACCUGGUGGAGCUCGGCCCCUUCGUGCUGCUGGGCAUCUUCGGAGGCCUGUGGGGGGCGCUGUUCAUCAGGGCCAACAUCGCAUGGUGCCGCAGACGUAAGACCACCCGUCUGGGUCACUACCCGGUCAUCGAGGUGUUGGUUGUCGCCGCUCUCACCGCCAUCGUGGCCUAUCCGAACAGCUACACCAGGAUGAGCGGAGCCGAGCUGAUCUCUGAGCUCUUCAACGACUGUUCGCUGCUCGACUCGUCGCAGCUCUGCGGCUACAAACAGCCAACCAACGUAUCAGAGACAGGUGUGGGGAACAGUCUGGCGGACCGGCCGGCGGGUCCGGGUCUCUACACGGCUCUGUGGCAGCUGUCUCUGGCCUUAGUGUUCAAGAUCAUGAUCACCGUCAUUACCUUUGGCAUGAAGGUUCCCUCUGGUCUGUUCAUCCCCAGCAUGGCGGUGGGAGCCAUCGCGGGCCGGUUGCUAGGCGUCGGCAUGGAGCAGCUGGCCUACUACAACCGUGACUGGUUCCUGUUUAAGGGCUGGUGCUCUCCUGGAGCCGACUGCAUCACUCCAGGGCUCUACGCCAUGGUGGGAGCUGCCGCCUGUCUAG